AUGACUGUAUUAGAAGAACAUAUCUCGAAGUCAGCAUUUCUUGCUCGUAGUCCUAGAUUUCAGAAUACUGGCGUUCAUCCUGGAUUACUGACACGUCUACAACUGCAGAGUAGUCCAUCCGUUGGUCCUGGAACAUACGAUCUAAUACAAUAUGGUGAUUUUAGUGAGACAAAUGUUCAAAAAAAUAGUGAAGGACCAAACUGGGAACAGGCUUUGUAUACGGAAAAAAUGUCAAAAAUACCACAUACCAAUUUUAAGGCAAAAUAUGAAGUUCAAAAAGAAGAAGAACGUCGUAUUGGUCCAGGUGCAUAUGAAAUCAAAGAUUUUUUAAUCGAAGCAGAUCAAAAGCCCCAAUGUUCACGUGGAUUAUUAGAUCAACUAACGGAAAGAUUUCCAAAAGAUAUAGCCGACAAAGCUCCUCCUCCUGGAGCAUAUGGCAUUCCUGAUCAGAAAAUUGUUGAAAAACGAUGGCAACAAGGAAGUAACAUUCCUUCCUUUCAAUGGCGUCAAGGUGAUCGAACACUGCCACUAGAGGGUGCUGACAUCGGACCGGGUACUUACAAUCUUAAAAGUUCAGUUGAUGACUUACUCAAUAAACGUGUCAGCGAAAAGGGACCAUAUCAACUUUUUUCUGUUAGUCGAUCAGCUCCAAUAAACACAGGACAUUAUGCUGUUCUUGAUACUUGGGAUUUACGUGAAGAUUUUCCAUCAAAAAAUUAUCCAGAAUCAACUUCUUCUUUAAAACAACUCCAACAUUAUAGUCAAGCUAAACAUGGUUUAUUUAGCAAAUUAUCAAGAUUUCAGAAAAAACCCACGGAUCGUUUGGCCAUUGAACAUCCUGGACUUGAGCCGAAAAACGUCGAUUUUCCCGGUCCAGGAGCAUACAAUGUACCAGCUCAUUGGGAGAGAAAAGAUUUACACAAGAAGAAAAUACCAUUUAAUUCAAGCUCAGGACGAUCAGAUAGAAGAUCAAUUGCUUUCUUUAGUGGAUCUUAUAAUUCUGUUGGUGUUGGCAGAUAUAAUUUGGUGAAUCCCGUGCGUGAUGAAACAAUAGCAGAUAAAAGAAAACGUCCUAAACGACGAAAUAUUGGUUUUAGUUCUACGACUACGCGUUUUUCCAGUGCAGAUGGCGAGCAGAUACUCAACGAACGUCUAAAACCUCAAAAUCUUCGAUCGGAACAACGAUUAAAACGUCGAGUUAUUCUCGCACCAGAAACAAACUGGACAAGUACUAAACAAUAUUGGUGUACACGAUCAAAUGAUGCAAAUGGUUCUAAAUUUGAUGAAAAAAUUCGUCUCUAUGUCGGUUAUCCAGACUGGUUGAUUCAACGAAAAAAUUUGCGUAAUGAACUCAAUAGACUUGGAAAUUUCGUUGAAUUUUAUGAAAAGAAGCCGAUCUUAACCGAUUUAGAGAAAAGAGUGUUAAAACGUGCAUCAAAACGUGACAAAUCGAUACAAACGGAUGUUAUGGUUCCGGAACACAAUCGAAAGUAUAAACACACUGUUCUACCCAAAAUUCGUUUACCCCCGCCGAUGGGUAUGGAACGAAUUGAAGAAUUUCUAGAGACAAAUCGUUGGCGUUUAGUCGAUCUGUUUCGUAAAAUGGAUCGUGAUAAAGACUGGAAUAUACUUAAACAAGAUUUUAUGCAUAUGGCUGAGCAACAACAACUUUUUAUUAGCGAAGAAAAUGCUGAAGAACUUAUGUGUGUUUUUUGUAAAGAUGCUAAAGUACCGAUGAAUUAUAAGAAAUUUGCUCGUGGAAGACUACAAUAUAAACGAGAAGAACGAGCUCGACUUCGAGAAAGUCUAAAUAAAACUCCGAGUUCAAUUGAUACACAGUUGUCAUCUGAUCCAUCAUCUUCUCCAUCUGCCACGUCACAAAACAGUCGAUAUUUACAAAUACCACCAACAAGUAUGGCCUAUCCACCCAGCCCUAAAGAGGAAACGAAUAAUAAACGAAAUCAGUCAUCAUCAUCGUCAAUCAAAUCAUCAGCCAAAGACAGGCAUGGAAGACGCACAGAAUCGUCAGCUGGAACAAAAUCAACUACAUCUGUUAAUUCAAAUGUCUAA